GUCACAGAGACACACUCCACUUACCAUUCUCAUUUCUAUACUGAAUCAUUCCCACUUCCUCACACCAGUCCAACAAUGCAUCCCAAGAUUUUGCCUUUGAUGGCUACUUUCACCAUUUUCGCCACCUUUCUUCUCACUUUAGUCCAAACCGAACAGCAGCACAUUGUUCUAAUGGACUCCAAUGUCAUGCCAAAAGCAUUCCAAUCUCCACACCACUGGCACCUAGCCUCUCUGUCGUCGAUUUCGCAGUCAGAAUCCCCUGCCUCCAAGCUAAUCUACUCCUACUCCAAAGUCCUCGACGGAUUCUGUGCUUCCCUCACCGACUCCGAGCUCGAAUCAAUGAAAGCUUCUCCGGGCUUCCUGCACUCCUUUCACAACUCACCAGUCAAAUACGACACCACACACUCGACCGACUUCCUGGGACUCACCGCCGUUUCCUCUCCAGCUUGGGAGUCGUCCAAUUACGGGGAAGGGAUGAUCAUCGGGGUCGUCGACACGGGCGCCUGGCCGGAGAGCGACAGCUACGGUGACCAAGGGAUGGGUCCAGCCCCGGCGAGGUGGAAAGGGCAGUGUCACUUCAACAACGGCUCGCUCUGUAACAACAAGCUUGUUGGAGCGCGCGUGUUCAACAAUUCCCUUAUCGCAGCCAACAUCAGUAUGCUCUGCAGCGACUCUCCCCGCGACUGCGACGGACACGGGACCCACACGUCCAGCACCGCAGCCGGUAGCUUCGUGGACCGUGCCUCCUAUUUCGGCUACGCUCGGGGAACGGCGAAGGGGACCGCUCCUAAGGCCCACGUCGCCGUCUACAAGGCGUUGUUCGGCGAAUACUCUUCCCCGUGUGACGCCGUCGCCGCAAUCGAUCAAGCAGUUGCUGACGGCGUGGAUGUACUGUCCAUAUCGUUUGGCUACGAUCACAUCCCGCUCCACGAGGACCCAAUCGCCGUCGCAACAUUCGCGGCCGUACAGCGGAAUGUAUUCGUCGCCACGUCAGCCGGAAAUGCCGGCACGGACCUUGGGGCCCUCCACAACGGGAUUCCCUGGGUCCUCACCGUCGCUGCCGGAACAAUUGAUCGCCGAUUCCGGGCGAGGCUCAAAAUCGGAAACGGAUUCUCGGUUUCCGGGUCGUCUCUGUACCCGGGAACUCACUCCACCAACGAAUCCCCGGUCGUCUUCAUGGGCGAUUGCGCCAACGCGACAGAGGAAUUAAUCAGAGGCAAGGUCUUGGUGUGUCAAGGGUUCAAUCAGCUUCUCAGCCUCAACAAUUCCGGCGCCGUCGGGGGAGUAUUCGUAACCAAUGUCACCGAAUCGCUCCUCGAAGAAUUGAUCCAGAUUUCACUGCCGGCAAUUUUCAUAACCACGGAGGACGGGCAGAAUGUGGAGAACUACUUGAGGAGCCACCCGGCAGCGAGAGGGAGCUUAGAAUUUGAGCUCACCAGCUUUGACUUGAGCCCAGCGCCUACGCUCGCAAGUUACAGCUCCCGAGGCCCAUCACACAGUUGCACGUUGGUUCUGAAGCCCGACAUAGUUGGGCCCGGAUCAUUGAUACUCGCGGCCUGGCCCUCCAACAUCAAGCCCAAUGAGAACGGCCCGAAUUAUUUACACACCGAGUUCAACCUUUUGUCCGACACUUCAAUCUCGUGCCUGUUAGAGUGUGGUAUAAGAUCCAGCAGAACCUUCUCCCAACAACUCGAGUUAUUGGGAUCAACUGAUUUAUGACAUGGUAUCAGAGCCUCGAACCAAAAGGUCAUGUGUUCGAAUCUACACGACCCCUAAUAUUAACCGUUGUCUUUCAAGCACAUGGUAUGGUGAGCCUGUGCAAACUUCAAGCCCAUGGGUUGGCUUUCGUUUGAGGGGGCGUGUUAGAGUGUGGUAUAAGAUCCAGCAGA